GAAGAAAAGUAAGAAACAAAAAUCUGAAAAGAAGGAUGACUUACUUGAUAGUUCUUCAAUGUUCAACCAUGGACACUCCCAACAACAUGGGAGUUGAACAUGGGUCUGAAGGGCUUGUACAUUUGAUCUGUAAGGAUAUGCCUUCACAUGGAAGGGCACUCUGGCAAAACAGUGCAGAGACUGCAUUUGAAAUCUGGUUGCUGCCUUCUGGCCACAUUGUGGAAAACAUCUUCGCAGCAUUUUUGGUGCGGGUCAGGUGGCACUGUUACUUUGAAUUUUCAGAGAGUUGCUUUUAUGGACUGAAGGAACGUGCAUUAUAAUGAGAUUUAUUUCUCAGGGAUUGAUAUCAGAGAUGAACUAUAAUACCAGUGUGGGAAGUAACCAAAGGCACAAAUGUCCCACAUUCUCCAUGGGAGUAACCAAAACCCUUCAGAUCACAACAGGGACUCCUAGGAUACAACACAGUCCUGGCUGUAACUUCCAUCCAAACUCUGUUACUCCUAAGACAGGUUCAUGUAAAUAACAAAGAAACUCUGUUCAAUGCAGUCCUAUUGGCUUCAAGUGAAAAAUGAUUCUUCAGUUGAAUGGGUUGAGUCAAAUGUGUCACAGUCAGAUGACACAGAAAAGGCUUGGAAGAUCAACAAGCAACCAGAUGCUGCAAAAGAGCCUUCCCUGCAGAGAGAAGAAUGGAUGAAUUUAAACUUCAUGUCAUUGAAAACAACAUCAGUAGCAGCUGUCAAAGGUGAAAGACACAAAGAAAAAGUAUUGGAACGACAGAAAGCUCAAGAACUUCAGCAGGCCAUGCUGUCUGAGAGAGAACUCAAUCCCUAUUGGAAAGACGGUGGUACAGGUUUGCCACCAGAGAAGGAUGAAGAAACUUCAGUUAAGAAAGUUACAGUGGUAGAAGAUGCUGGAUUAAGUUGGCUGCGAAAAUCAUACCAAAGGAUGAAGGAGCAGGCUGAGAGAGAGAAACGGAAUUUUGAGGAAAUUGUAGCUGAGAGAUACGGGUCAGUGGAGGUAUUUCAGUCACGAUUAGAAGAAGCUGAAAAAGCUGCAUCCAAAACGGAAAAUUAUCAUAGAAGUGGAAGAUGGAAGAAGACUGACUAUUCAGAAAGUGAGAAAGAGAAGAAAGAGAGGAAAGAACAGCAUAUUGAAAAAGCGGCCCGAGAUGAAGAUGGUAAAAACAGAAACACAUUUGGGAGCUAUUGGGAGAAGUAUGGCAAGGGGUGGGCACAGGAAGACAAGGGUUACAAAAGAGAUGCAUCAAGAGCAGACCAGGAAUGUGGACACAGUAGAAUGGACUCAGUAUUAAGGGGCUACAGCUCCAAAGCAGAAAAAUACUCCAGUGAAAAACGAAAUCAGGAAAAGAGUUCAUCUCUAAGCAACAUGAAACACAAAUUUUUGAAACCCUCUGAAGAUGAUUUAUCACCUUACAGUGCACCCAGAGACUCCAAGUCCCAGCACUCCUCUUCCAAUCUGUCAGCUCAUAGCUCCUUGAGCAGCCGUUUCCAGAAACCUGGUGAGGAUACUGCACUGUGGACCAGAACACACACAGAAGAUAGCAAUGAGAAAUUAAUACCUGAUCAAAAAUCAUCAGGUACUAGGGAACAAAUUGAUGACAAAAGCUGGAAAAGAGCUCCAAGUGACGAAAAAGAGAGGUCACGACAGGAGCACACAAGCAAUACCUCUGAGAAGAAACAGAUUUUAUCUGACAGUAAAACAUCAUCCUCUAGAUCACCAAAGGAUGAGCCACCUCGAGUCCUUAGUGAAGAGGAGAUGAACAGACUGGGAGCGAGGAUUGUGAAAGCAGAACUCAUGGGAGACACGGAUUUAGCUUCAGAGCUUCAAGCAGAACUUGACAAUGCUCGCAAGUUGAGAGAAACUCAAGGACAGAUUCCAGCAAAGGCUGGCAGAGAGGCUUCAAGGCAUCAAGAAGAUGAACAAGUGGUCCUUGUCAGAACAGAUGGAAGUGGAAGGGCAUGGCCUGUGACAGGACCAGCAGAGCCACUGGAGCCAAAAGGAGGACGAAGAAAGCAGCAGAUGGUCCCUACUCAUGUAGAUAAAGAGAGAGUAAGGUAUUUUCAGGAUGAUGAUAGUAUGAACCUGAAGGAUUUGGUCAAAAAUGAGAAGAUGAGAACAGCAGAGGAUCAAAACUCACUGUUCAUGCGUAUGGCAUCAAAGCUCAUGGAAAAAACUGACAGAGAGUACUACACUCUGGAUGACAUGUUUGUUUCCAAAGCAGCCAAGAGAGCGCGCAGUGGGGAAGAGGAAGAAGUACAAAGAAGAAAAGCAAUCCGUGAGCACCAGCAACUUGCUGCACGCAUGGAAAAGUGCCCCUACUGCUUUGAUAGCAGUGAACUUUCUAAACAUCUUAUUAUUGCAAUUGGCACCAAGGUGUACUUGUCUCUACCAAGCAGCCAGUCCCUUACUGAAGGUCACUGCCUGAUAGCCCCUCUACAGCACCAUACUGCAGCCACUCUUUUGGAUGAAGACAUCUGGGAAGAAAUCCAGAUGUUCCGAAAUGCAUUGGUGAAAAUGUUUGAAGCUCAAGACUUGGACUGUGUGUUCCUAGAAACAAACAUGAGUAUGAAGAAGCGGUAUCAUAUGGUAUAUGAAUGCAUUCCUCUUCCAAAAGAAGUAGGAGAUAUGGCUCCAAUCUACUUUAAGAAAGCGAUAAUGGAGUCUGAUGAAGAGUGGUCCAUGAACAAGAAGUUAAUUGACCUUUCUUCAAAAGAUAUUCGGAAAUCUGUUCCUAAAGGAUUGCCAUACUUUUCUGUGGACUUUGGCCUUCAAGGAGGAUUUGCUCAUGUGAUUGAAGAUCAACACAAUUUCCCUCAUUACUUUGGAAAGGAAAUUAUUGGUGGCAUGCUGGACUUGGAACCACAGCUCUGGAGAAAAGGAAUCAGACAGAACUUUGAGGAACAGAGGAAGAAGGUGUUACAGUUUGCACAGUGGUGGAAACCGUAUGACUUCACCAAAAAGAAGGAAUGAGAACAGCCUGGAGUCGAGGACUAUAUAAGCCAUAAAUUCUGCUAAAGGAUACUUCAGAUGUUAAGGAUAACACCAAUGUGUUACGUGUUGCUAAUAUAUUUUAAAGUAUAGGAUAUUGUUUAAUUGCUGAUGAUCUGUUUCGGACACUGGAUCACAUGUACCUGCAAGCCUGAAAAACCAGAUUUGUACAGUGAGUUUAGUUUCUCCUUUUUCAGCUGAGCCAAAAGGAUAAUAUCUAUGUGGCCAUUUGAGUUCUUAAAAAUGUAACUUUUGCUUUUGGAGUUUUUAUAAUCUUUGAGACAACUGAUAUUUUUUUUAUAUUGUAUUUAGCCAGUGCUUAAUUAUCAUGGUGAACUUUUGUAGAAAAUGGUGUAUCUUUUAAGAAUGUUUUGGUUAAUACAAAUACAUUGCUGCAGAACGAAAUUGUACAGAAAAUAGUUUUCUGGUUUUUGUGUCCUUGUGGUCUUUAAGUUGAGGUCAUUGCAGUAACACAAACAUUCAUAAAGGAUGUGACUGAUAAACCUGCUGUUGCCCUCCUGCAGAAGAAUGAAUGCAAUUUUUUGUACUUUCUUGCAAUAUGAAGUAGUGUGUUUCAAGCACAAAGGAUAAUAAGACAGUCCAUAGCUGGUGGCAAUUGAUAGCUUUAAUAGUAACAGUUACUCUGAUUACAGUAAAAGAAGAAUCUCAAGGGAAAAUGCUCUCUGAUGGCCAACAACGAAGAAAAUCAUUACAGGGAUCUCCCUAGGUGAUUCUUCUCCCCUGGGCAUCCCCUGUAGUGCCACAGGUGGUUUGCCAUAAUACUUUGCCCUAAUAGUUUUCAUCAAGACCAGCUCAAAAUCCCUGCUUGUUUUUCCUGCUUGUGAUGCCAUUAGAGCUGGUUGAAGCGUGCUCUGACCAGAGGCAAGAGUUGCAUGUUAAUUGAUUGUUAAGCAUGGAUGUCACUAGGAAAUGCCUGCAUGCUAUUUCAGUGACCACUUUCCACCAUUUUAUUUGCCAGAUUUUGUUUUUUCUUUUGUGUAAAAGUUAGGAAAUGAGAGUAGGAAGUGUGAGGUGGGGAAAGGAUGAUUCUUGCAUCAGUGUCCACCACUUCCUGUGGAAACCCUGACACAGCAGGCUUGGGCUUUGCAGGUGCAGAGCUGGGAGAACAAGGAGAACAGGAGACAAGGACAGAAGGACAUGGAUAGAAACAUUGCAGCAGCACAAGGGAAAGGGUGCAGACUUGUGUACAGUGCUACAGGGAGGGGCUGCAAAUGAUGGAAGGUGGAAGGCCCUUGGUAUAGGAGAUGUUAAGGCUUUGUGUAACUGUCUCAACAUGCUUCCUGUGUCUUUUCCUGCUGAACUAUCGCUCUGUACAACGCUGUUAACUAUUGUGAACUGCUCAGGUUAAGAAAUGGAUCACGAAAUAUUACAGGGUUGAUGACAUGUUCAUUUCUAGUCCCUUGGUGGUCUUUUGCAGCUUUGCUGAAGAGCUGGCGCUUUCCCUGUUCCUACCCCACUGCCACAUUUUGGCAAAUAAGUCUGGUAGAGAUAAAAAUCUGCUGUGUUGUGAGUUAUUUUCUGUAGGAUCUUUGUCAAUUGGUGUCACUGCAAGAGAAAUAACUUAAAAGUAAGCUUUGAUGAUAAUUUUAGUGAUUUAAUGUCUGAUUUAUACUGUGUUCACCAGCAAGCCAUGGAUAAAAGGGACAGUUCUACUGUUCUCCAGUAUGUUUUGAUUUUCCUUAGGCUACUGGGAAGAUUACUUAGCAAAUAGGAUGUGAAAUAGUAGCUGCCAGUAGUUGCUUAGAAUGUGGUAAUGCUGAACCAAAUUUAGCUAAAGUGCAGUCUUUGGUGGUGUAAAGCAUGACUAAAAAUUGUUUUCUCUGAAAACAUAUGUAGCCUCCAGUCUCAUCUGCCCCCUGGGAUGGCAGCUGGAAGCAGCAGAGGUGACUGUCUUUUAAGGCCAUGGAAAAGUCUUUAUCCAGUGCUGUGCUGGAAAUGCAAUUCUGCUGACGUGACUUCUCUCAGAAUUUGUGUUCCUCAAGGGAAGUGCUGUGUUUUCCAAAGGAUAUCCAACUUGUAUGUAGAAAAGCCCUCUGACUCGUGGUCUGUGCAUAUUUUAUUAUUCUGGUUUCAGCAAAACUACUGGUAUUCUUUGGGAAGGACUCUGGAAUAUGGGAGAAGGGUAACUCAAGCUGGUGAUACAGGAGAAUGUUUCUUACCCUGUUAGAAGAUUUUAGAAUGGGAGACUGUGUUUUCCACAUACACUGAGAAUAGUUUGUUCUUGUAAUUGGUCACAGACCAGACAUGCAUAUUGUCAGUUUAACCUGUUCCUCUUCAUUAGUAUCUCUAAAUAUUCAUGAGGCCAUGACAGUCAACACAGCUUGUUAGGGCACUUGUGGGAGGCAUGGUAUGAUUAGACUUCAGUACUUACUCUUAAAAGUAUUGAAAUAUUUUAAAUAGACCUCUUUCAUCUGGAAGAAUACCCAAUAACUAAGUUCUUUGGCACUAAGAGGUAGAAAAUAUAAAUUCAGGUGUCUUUAGGGAAAACAGGGAUUGGAAGCUUGGUUUCUUACAUUGUUAUAAAUAUGCUUCUAUGUACUCUUUUGUGUGACCAGGGAGGAAAAGGAUCUUCUUUCUUCAGGUGAAUCUACAAGUGUGAUUUAACAGGCAUCGGAUUAUAUCCAUGUCCUGCCCUGUGUUACAGGAAUAUUGUGUAAUAUGUGCUGCUACUCUUCUGAAAGGAAAAAGUGUUAAUAGUAAUUCUUACGGCAGUUCACCAAUCACUUGAAAUCUCAUGAAAGAAGAGAAAUUUUGAUGGUUCCCUUGAGAGUUCUUUCUUCAGCAUUUCCUGUUUUCUGCAUUUGUCAUUUUAUCAUUAAAGUAUGUUUUUCUAAUUCUGACUGGACUACUUAUGAAAAGUCACGGAAACAUAGGCUGCUGUGCUCUUGCUUUAAGUGUAGCUGUUUUGUAAACAAGAUCUUUAAUAUCCUAGGUAAACUAGGACUAGGUACUAGAGUACAAGACAUCUUUACCUGCAAGCAUCUUUACCCUCCCUGGCUCCUGGGUGUUACCUAAGCACUGUACAUAGAGGCACAUCUCGCACAUUGGUUACGUUAGAGAAAGCAGAGUCUGAGCUCUUGAUGGGUGGGUAGUUGUAAAAAGUUCAUUCCUCAGUGCUCAAGCUGCAUGUGCCUUUGUACAUGCAGUCUGAGGGCAGCAGGCUGAAAUUGCUCUGAUGAGCCAACUUUAAGUUCUGUAUUAGAAUUGAAAAUGCAUUAAUUCAUUAUUUUAAAAUUUUUAGCUUUUGUAAAGCAAGUACACUACAGCAUACAUGCAGUAAAAACAAAUUUUGCAAAAACCCACAAGCACAAUUAACAUUUUAGAAUAAAGUUGAAGAUACUCUUCAUGGA